ACGAUCAGAAAUAGCUUUUCAAUUCUUCUUCCUUCGUUAGCGUUAGGGUUUUUCAGAACCCAAAGUCCGCAACAUAUGGAAGAGGGAAGUUGCGAGACCGAGACGGAGAAAAUCCGCAACAUAUGUAUCAUGGCGCACGUCGACCACGGCAAGACGACCCUCGCCGACCACCUAAUAGCGGCGGCGGGAGGCGGCGUCAUCCACCCGAAGCUAGCGGGUCGGGUCCGAUUCAUGGACUACCUCGACGAGGAACAACGUAGAGCUAUCACAAUGAAGAGCUCCUCCAUCGUCCUACGCUACAACCACCACUCCGUCAACCUCAUCGACUCCCCCGGCCACAUCGACUUCUGCAGCGAGGUCUCCACCGCCGCGCGCCUCAGCGACGGCGCUCUCCUCCUCGUCGAUGCCGUCGAAGGCGUUCACAUCCAAACCCACGCCGUUCUCCGCCAGUGCUGGAUCGAACGCCUCACACCUUGCCUGGUCCUCAACAAGAUCGACCGCUUAAUCACCGAGUUGAAACUCACUCCCUCCGAAGCCUACGCGCGCCUCUUGCGAAUCGUACACGAGGUUAACGGCAUCGUCAGCGCGUACAAAUCGGAGAAAUAUUUGUCCGACGUGGAUUCUCUCCUCGCCGGCGCAGAUUCCGGCGACGGCGAAGGUUUAGAGGACUACGAUGAUAAUGAGGAUGUGUUUCAGCCGCAGAAGGGGAACGUGGUUUUUGCUUGUGCUUUGGAUGGUUGGGGGUUUGGGAUUGGUGAGUUUGCCAAGUUAUAUGCGUCUAAGCUUGGGGCAAGUGUGAACGCGUUGUUGAGAGCGAUGUGGGGUCCGAGGUAUUUUAACCCUAGGACGAAGAUGAUUGUUGGGAAGAAAGGGAUUGGAGCCAAGGGUAAGCCUAUGUUUGUUCAGUUUGUGUUGGAGCCGUUGUGGCAGGUUUAUCAGGGUGCUUUGGAAGGGGAUAGAGUGUUGCUUGAGAAGGUUAUUAGGUCGUUUAGUUUGUCCGUGCCGGCAAGGGACCUGCAGAAUAAGGAUCCCAAGGUGGUGCUUCAGGCGGUUAUGAGCCGCUGGCUUCCCCUUUCGGAUACCAUUUUGGGAAUGGUUGUUAGGUGCAUGCCGGACCCUGCUGCGGCGCAGCUGUAUAGGAUAUCAAGGCUGGUUCCGAGGCGGGAGGUUGAGGAUGGGGUUGAUCGCGGCGUGGUGGAAGAGGCGGAGAUGGUGAGAAAGGCGGUGGAGGGGUGUGAUUGCAGGGAUGAGGUUCCUUGUGUGGCUUUUGUUUCCAAGAUGUUUGCUGUCCCAGUUAAGAUGCUUCCUCCCCAAAGGGGGGAGGCUGCUAACAGUUUUGUUAAUGAAGAAGAGGGAGAAUCGGACGAGUGUUUUUUGGCAUUUGCUAGGAUAUUUAGCGGGGUUUUUUAUGCUGGGCAGAGAGUUUUCGUGCUUUCUGCGUUGUAUGAUCCGUUAAAAGGGGAAUCGAUGCAGAAGCAUAUACAGGAGGCUGAAUUGAGAUCGCUGUAUCUAAUGAUGGGCCAAGGGUUGAAAGUGGUGACAUCUGCCAAGGCAGGAAAUAUUGUUGCUAUCCGAGGCCUAGGCCAGCAUAUAUUGAAAAGUGCUACCGUCUCUUCUACUAGGAACUGUUGGCCAUUUUCAAGUAUGGCAUUCCAGGUUGCCCCAACUUUGAGAGUUGCAAUUGAGCCGUCUGACCCCGCAGAUGUGGGUGCACUGCACAAAGGCUUGACGCUUCUGAAUCGAGCGGAUCCAUUUGUUGAGGUCAUGGUUUCUGCAAGAGGCGAGCAUGUUCUUGCUGCUGCUGGAGAAGUUCAUCUUGAGAGAUGCAUAAAGGAUUUAAAGGAGAGAUUUGCAAAAGUAAGCUUGGAGGUCUCUCCACCUCUCGUGUCCUACAAAGAGACCAUUGACGGAGACAUAUCCAACGUGCUGGAAAAUUUGAAAGUUCUAAGUAGCAGGUCAGAUUAUGUUGAAAAAACAACACCCAAUGGAAGGUGUGUUGUUCGAGUACGGGUUAUGAAACUUCUACCUUCACUUACCAAGGUGCUCGAUGAAAGCUCUGAUUUACUUGGAGAUAUAAUUGGAAUAAAGUUGGGGCAGACAGUUAAAAACAUGGAAACCCAGAGACCUGGCAUUCUUGAAAAUGAUAAUCCAGCUGAAGUGCUGAAAAAACGCAUUUUGGAUGCUGUGGAGGGUGACAUUUUGAGCUGGAAUGAGAAUGACAAGGACCAUGGUGAAAAAUAUAAAUUGAAGUGGCUAAAGAUUUUGAGGAGGAUAUGGGCACUUGGACCAAGGCAUACCGGUCCUAACCUUCUCCUUACUCCUGAUGUUAAAGCAGAAAGCACUGAUAGUUCUGUCUUAAUACGCGGUUGUUCUCGUUUAUCUGAAAGGUUGGGCUUUGUGACCGAUUCUAGUAUCAGCGACUCAGUUGUGGAGACAUCUUCAGACAAGGGCCAAGCUUUGUACAUGGAUGCUGAGCGCCUUGGGAAUAAUGUUAUAUCUGGGUUCCAAAUGGCCACUUCAGCUGGACCCUUGUGUGAUGAACCUAUGUGGGGUUUGGCAUUUGUCAUUGAGGCACGCAUAUCUCCGUUUUCAGGUCAGAGUGAUGAAUCUGAAACACACCAACAAUCCGAGCAGUAUGGCAGCUUUGCAGGGCAUGUAAUUGCAAAUACUGUCAGAGAUGCUUGUAGAGCAGCUGUACUUCAAAAUAAGCCACGACUUGUCGAAGCCAUGUACUUUUGUGAGUUGAAUACCCCUACUGAAUAUUUGGGUCCGAUGUAUGCUGUACUUGCCCGAAGACGGGCCCGAGUUUUGAAGGAAGAGAUGCAAGAAGGUUCCCCUUUCUUCACUGUGCAUGCGUAUGUUCCUGUUUCUGAGAGCUUUGGUUUUGCCGAUGAGCUUAGAAGGUGGACUUCUGGUGCCGCAAGUGCACUUCUCGUCCUUAGCCACUGGGAAGCACUUCCUGAGGAUCCUUUUUUUAUACCUAAAACAGAAGAGGAAAUUGAAGAGUUUGGAGAUGGUUCUAGUGUUCUUCCAAACAUAGCAAGAAAGUUAAUGGAUGCAGUCAGACGGCGUAAGGGCCUUCCUGUGGAGGAAAAGGUGGUGCAGCAUGGAACCAAGCAGAGGACCCUGGCCCGAAAAGUCUGAUUCUUUUCACAUGAAAUUUUUGAACGUACCUUUGCUGAUUUUAGGAAAUGUUCUGUAAGCUCUCACAAUCUUGCAAUCAAGGUCUGCCUGCACCUUGGAUUGUUAACUUUAUGAUGAUUCAUGCUUGUUCAAGUCCUGGGCUUUUCACUAUCCAAUUCACAGGAAAGUAGAUUUCAAAGGCAGCUUGUUAGAGCAGAAAAUAGGCACUCCUUUUAAACGGCCUCUCUUACUCUCUUCCUCUAACAAUGAUAGAUAAAACUAAAAAAAAUAAAGAUUUUCAUGUUUCAUUAUCGUUAUGUCGUUAGAUGCAUGUUGAUGCUUCUAGUGUUGUUGAGUGCAAGAAGUGCAGAAUGAAGUGCAGAAUACAUCGGCUUCUCUUGCAGUCAUCCUGAAGACAAGGUAAGAGAUGGCCCCGCCUACAGUGUCAAGACUUGUUCUGAUGCAUUUACCAUUGUACAAAUUACUGCCAUGAAUUCAUCAUAAGGUAUGCCAAAUGGCACCAAAGUGACAGAAUUCGAACCAGAGUAUUAUAACACAGUAUAUCAGUAAUGGGUGCAAAAGUGCGUCAUGGGAGUUAAAAUUUAUAUGCUAGUGGCACUGAGAGUUAAAGUUGAUAUGAUUUUGGCACUGUGUUCAUAUGUAGUUGGGGUGGGAUGUGAGUUAGAUUUUAUAUGUAAACUGUCAUUGUGGGUAAACAGGAUGAGUUAAGAGUUAUACCAUUGCAAAAUGUAAACUGCCAUUCUAUUAAUAAUAUUGUUUCAAAGCAUUUGUUGGUGAAUGAUAUUUAUAUUUG